AAACUUAUAUUACACUUUACGUUAAUUAAUAAUUAUCUAUAAUAAAAUCAUGUUCUUUUUUUUAAGAAUCAUUGAUUAUUAAAAUGAGUAGAAAAUAAAAAUAAAAUUAACCAUUUUUUUGCUAAGGCAUAGGAAAUUAUUAGAAUAAAAAUAUAAGGAUAUUGACGUAUAAAAAAAGUUCUAGUAAAAAGGUCAUUUUUUUCCGACACCAAUGAAAAAAACAUCGUUAGUCGUGAUUCCCUGGGGUAUUCUUUUUUUUUCAUAUUCUUGCAAUAAUUAUUCAUUCUUUUGAUUUCCUACUAUGCGACUAAUUGAAUUAAAUCUUCCGAAUCUACAAUUGAAGUAGAUGAUAUUAAGAUGAUAGAGAUAUACAUGAAGCUCUUUAUUGACUAUUAAAUAAUCGAUAAAAAUAGCUACCAGUUGACCGAUAGAGUUAAUCAAUUCAGAGGUGAAUCGCCGGUCACGAAUAUGCAUUGAAAUUAGAUUAUAUCUAUCGGGACCAUCACAAAAUUAAAACAGAAAAUGAUUAAUUAAAAGUAUCCUUUGCAGGUCAAACAGGUCAUACAGCUGACUGCUGCAUUAUCAUGCGAUUAUUGCCAUUAAAAUGAAAAAUAAUGGUUAAAAUUAGAUGAUAGUGCAACAGCUGGUUAUAUAAGUAGAACAAAAUCGUUAAUGCACUUUAAUACUUUGAUAAAGAUUUAUUUGUAUUUUAUGCAGAUAUAAAAAUAUAUAAAGUAAAAAAAACACAUUAGUUUAUUAUUGAUUGAUAAUAUUCAUAUUUGACGUGAAUAUUUAAUUAGUACAUGAAGCAAAUAGUAAAUGUGUAGUUUUAUGAAAUUUUCUAAUUAUCGAUUAAUAUCGAACAAAAAUAAUAUUUAUAAAACUAAACAGAAUGCUCAUACGAUUAUUAUUAUUAUUAAGUAGCAAACAUGAAUCAUCGAAAAAACAAUUUGUUUUGAUAGCGUCAGAAUAAAUAAGUGAUGAGUCACCUCGGUUUCAAGCUAUCCUGAUAAAGGAAAAUUUCUUAUAGAAAAAAUCUCUAAGUUUUCAGCCGAUUUAUUAUAAUGACAUUUCUAUUCAAAAUAUAUAAUCUUCUUACAUUUUAUUUAGUACUUCCCACGAUGGUUUGCACCAAAUUUAAUGACAUUUCUUGGUUUUUUGCUUCUUGUUUUCAAUUUUGUCAUGUUUUCAUAUUAUGAUUUUUAUUUUACUGAAGCACAUGUUCUACCACGAUGGAUAUGGCUCAUUGCAGCCAUAUGUCAAUUUUGUUCACAUCAAUUAGAUGGUAUGGAUGGAAAACAAGCUCGACGUACUCAAUCAAGUAGUGCAUUGGGAGAAUUAUUUGAUCAUGGUGUUGAUUCUUGGGCUUGUUUCUUAUUUCCUGUUUGUAUUUUUUCUGUUAUAUCACGAGGUGAAUAUGGUUUUAGUCCAAUGGCUAUGCAUAUGCUUCUCUGGAUUAUAUAUCUAUCAUUUAUUGAUUCACAUUGGGAAAAAUAUAAUACAAAAGUUUUAUAUUUACCAUGGUCAUAUGAUAUAUCAAUGCUAGUCAUGACAAUUACAUAUUUAUUAGCAUAUUUUUUUACACCAGGUGUCUUCUCUUUUGAUAUACCUAUUAUCAAUGUACCUUUUGCAAGAUGUGUUGAAUUUAUUUGGCCAUUUUUUGCAUUAUGUACAUCAGUUCCGAUCAGUAUCAAACAUAUUCAAGAAUCAUAUAAAAAUGGUACAGGUUAUAAUCGAACAUAUUAUGAAGCACUUCGACCAUUAAUAUCUCCAACUAUUUUAUUUAUUUCAUCAACUUGGUGGGGUCUUGCUUCACCACAUAUGAUCAUGCAUAAACAAUCCCGUAUAUUUUUUUCUGCUGUUGGUGCCACUUUUUCAAAUAUUGCAUGUCGUCUUGUUGUUGCACAAAUGACAUCGACACGUUCGGAUGGCUUUAAUACACUUCUUUAUUUUUUUGUUCCUAUACAAAUAAUGUCUGUAUAUGGUGCACUUACAGAAAGAAUGGAAUUUACACUUUUAUUUCUUUUAAAUAUUUUCGUUAUUUUGGCUCAUUUACAUUACGCUAUUUGUGUGGUUCGACAAAUUUGUGAUCAUCUUAAUAUAUAUGCUUUUAAGAUAACUGAUCGUUCAAAACCACCACCACCGGCUGAAGUCCAUAUUAAACAUUGA